CCCACUUUUUCCCCCAACGCUCUCAUCGGCAUAGAAAUCUGAAAAUUCUCUUCUCUCCAUAACCCAAUCGAACCAGAUGAAACAACAUCACUGAGAAGAAGACGAAUCAUCAUCAUCAUCCUUAUCAAACCAUUUCAAAUGCAAGAUCUCUUUGGAUCAGUUCGCCGUUCACUAGUCUUCCGUACUACAAACACCGCCGCCGACGAUGAGAACCAAGAGAACCAUCCUCCGUUACCUACUCUCCUCGCCGAUAAAAUCUCUUCCUGUAUCCGUAAAUCGAGAGUUUUCGCUAAACCUCAUUCACCACCACCACCACCUCCGGUUAACUCCGCCGCCGUACUAAUUAAACCUCCGAUUCGGUGGCGGAAAGGUCAGUUAAUUGGUCGUGGUGCUUUUGGUACUGUGUAUAUGGGUAUGAAUCUUGAUUCCGGUGAACUUCUCGCCGUUAAACAGGUUCUGAUUGCAUCUAAUUGUGCAUCCAAGGAGAAAACUCAGGCUCAUAUUCAGGAGCUUGAAGAGGAAGUUAAGCUACUCAAGAAUCUCUCUCAUCCAAAUAUAGUUAGGUAUUUGGGUACGGUGAGGGAAGAUGAAACGUUGAAUAUCCUGCUUGAAUUUGUUCCUGGUGGAUCUAUAUCCUCUCUGUUGGAGAAAUUUGGACCUUUUCCAGAAUCUGUUGUUCGAACAUAUACGAACCAACUGCUUCUCGGGUUGGAGUAUCUUCACAGUCAUGCGAUUAUGCACCGUGACAUUAAGGGUGCUAAUAUCCUUGUGGAUAAUCAAGGAUGCAUUAAACUUGCUGAUUUUGGUGCAUCCAAACAGGUUGCUGAGUUGGCUACAAUUUCGGGAGCCAAAUCUAUGAAAGGCACUCCCUAUUGGAUGGCUCCAGAAGUUAUUCUUCAAACUGGGCAUAGCUUUUCUGCUGAUAUCUGGAGUGUAGGGUGCACAGUGAUUGAAAUGGUAACUGGGAAACCUCCUUGGAGCGAGCAAUAUAAAGAGAUUGCUGCUAUCUUUCACAUUGGAACGACGAAAUCACAUCCUCCAAUCCCUGACAAUCUCUCCUCUGACGCAAAAUAUUUUUUGCUCAAGUGUCUGCAGCAGGAACCAAAUCUGCGGCCAACAGCUUCUGAGCUGCUAAAGCAUCCAUUUGUUACGGACAAACAGAAGGAAUCUGCUAUACUUCUUGCUUCAGUCAUAGACAAUUCAAGCAGUCCUUUAUCAUCAGAAUUAACUGACAUGAAAAGCUAUCAAAUUCCUAGUAGUGAUGAUGUAGGAGACAUCUGUAACAUGGGUAGUCUUACUUGUACACUUGCUUUCCCUGAGAAUUCAAUCCAAAAUAACAGUUUGUGUCUACAAAGUAAUAACGGGUAUGAUGAGGAUGGUGAUGAUGAUGAUAUGUGUUUGAUUGACGAUGAUAAUUUCUUGACAUAUAAUGGGGAGACUGGCCCUACUCUUGACAAUAUUACUGAUGCCAAGGAGAAUUGUGAUACCAUGAGUGAGAUCUCUGAUGUGUUGAAGUGCAAAUUUGAUGAAAAUUCUGGAAAUGGAGAAACAGAGACGAAAGUUUGCAUGGAAGUUGACCACCCAUCAUACUCAGAAGACGAAAAUGAGCUUACCGAGUCAAAAAUUAAAUCUUUCUUAGAUGAGAAGGCGACGGAUCUAAAGAAGUUACAGACGCCUCUGUAUGAAGAAUUCUACAACAGUUUGAUCACAUGCACUGCCAGCUACAUGGACAGUAAUAUUAGUAACAAUAAACGAGAGGAAACACAUCGUGGUUUCUUGAAAUUGCCUCCAAAAAGUAAGUCUCCGAGUCAGGGCCAUAUUGGUCGGUCACCUACUAGAGCAACAGAUGCAGCCUGUUGCUCCAAGAGCCCAGAAAGCGGUAACAGCUCUGGUUUGCCGAAUAAUAGCAAUGCAAAUGCUGAUGCUGAACAUGAAUCAAACAACCAGAGUGUUGCAUUGUCAGAGAUAGAGAGAAAGUGGAAGGAAGAGCUUGAUCAAGAACUUGAAAGAAAGCGAAGAGAGAUUACUCGGCAAGCAGGGAUGGGAUCAUCGCCGAGAGACAGAAGCUUGAGCCGACAUAGAGAGAAGUCGAGAUUUGCAUCUCCAGGCAAAUGAUCUGUACAAAAAUCUCCAGCCAAUUUUGCACUUUUUUCUCUAAGGCUCGUGUACUGUUUCUAAAUCUUUGCUUUUUGAUCUUUCGAUUGCUCAAAUAGUAUAUAUAAUAUACCUAUAUAUAAAUGUUCCUCGUUUGCGCGAACUUGAAGUUUGAAUAUAUAUAAUUAUAUAUAGCUAAAGUAUUGUUUGCUUAA